AUGGCGGCCAAGACUCCACUUUCUCAGGCUUCCUAUCAGCCUGUCCCAAGAGACGACCCUACUGCUGAUUUGCUCGAGCCCUCCGAGAGAGACGACAGAGAGGAUGGCAAGCCAGCUCUCUUGAGGGUCAAAUUCUCCUUCAUUCUGUUGUUGAGGUUGUUGAUUGCCCCGCUCGUCAUCGCCGAUAUUGUUUUCAUGUGCAAUCCCUAUUACUCUCCCGCCUCAGCCGGCAUUUUUGCUACCGGAGGCAUCUUGUUAGCCUUCUGGCAUGGAUUCCGUGUCUUGAAGAGCUGCUUCCCUAGUGGAAGCCGCGACAACUUCAACCUCAAGAUCGGAAGCCUGUUCUGCAUGUGCGGCACAACGUCGAAUUCUCCCACCAGACCCUCCAAGGUGUGGGCGUAUCUCGUCAGCCUUGUCGACUUUUCCUUCGGUCUCUUCUUGAUCGGCCCCUCUGUCACAGCUCUUGAAUACGACAACUUCGGCGAUAGUGCAGUUGUUGGAGGAUUGAGCAUCACCUUGGUUAUCAUGCAGUCGGCGAUUGCCAUCCUCAACUUGUUCAGCAUCUUCCGUAAGAUGUCUAUCGUUGUCUACAAGGAUGAUGGUGAGCAGGACCGUCUCUACUCGAUCCCCGAGCUCUUCCGAGAUGAAGCAUCUGAGCCCCGCGACUCGAUGUCUUCUGAAGUUUAA